UUAAAUGUUUGAGAAGCCAUAUUGAAACUUUCGGUCACCUUCACUGAGAAGCACCCAAGAGAGAAGUAGUCAAUCUCAUUGCCAAAUGCCCAAAUCAAACAAGUUUCAGAAAUAUUCAUUUUCCAGGAUUUAUGAAGAAAGCUCGGUGGAUUCCUACGCAUGCGUAUGUAUGUGAAAACCCACUUUCCAGAGAUAACAAUUGAAUCUUGAUAGCCUUUUUGUUGAAUUGGAGAGAAUAAGGCAAGGACUGGGAGUAAAAGGUAAAAAUGAAUUGUUUGUUUUACUUCAAGGAUAAGAGAAAAUGUAGGGGGCAAAGAUCUGAGCCAGUGCUGAAUGAGGAGGGUAAGUCAGGUGUUCCCAGGCCCACACGGUCUUUCUCUGCAGCCUCUUCUCCCCGUAGUUUUUCAGAAGCUUAUAGAGGAAAAGCACAGAAUUUGAGGGUGUUUUCUUUCAGAGAGCUUAGACAAGCAACUGAUAAUUUCAAUAGGCUAUUAAAGAUAGGUGAAGGUGGGUUCGGGAGUGUUUAUAAGGGAAGAAUUAUGGCUGUUGAUGAAAAGGGUGAACCCAUUGUGGUUGCUAUUAAGAAGCUCAAUGUUGGUGGUCAUCAGGGUCAUAAACAAUGGGUGGCAGAAGUACAAUUUCUUGGGGUAGUGGCCCACCCAAAUCUUGUGAAGCUGAUUGGGUAUUGUGCUGUUGAUGGCGAAAGGGGAAUCCAGAGGCUACUCGUCUAUGAAUAUAUGCCGAACAGAAGUCUUGAACACCAUCUUUUCAAUAACGCUUAUCCCACCCUUACUUGGGAUAGAAGACUGCAAAUAGUGCUUGGAGCAGCUCAAGGAUUAGCUUAUUUGCACGAACAGUUGGAAGUUCAGGUUAUAUAUCGAGAUUUUAAAGCUUCAAAUGUGUUAUUAGAUAAUGAUUUCAAGCCAAAGCUCUCAGAUUUUGGUCUUGCCAGGGAGGGCCCCACGGGGCUUCACACUCAUGUAUCGACAGCGGCUGUUGGCACAUAUGGUUAUGCAGCACCAGAUUACAUUGAAACUGGCCAUCUCACGGCUAAGAGUGACGUGUGGAGUUUCGGGGUCGUACUAUACGAGAUCCUAACUGGUAGAAGAUCAAUAGAAAGAAAUAGACCCAUUUCAGAACAGAACCUUUUAGAUUGGGUUAAGCAAUACCCUGCAGAUAGCGGCAAGUUCAGCUCGAUAAUGGAUCCAAGACUGGAAAGCCAAUAUUCACUAAGUGCAGCUAGAAAGAUUGCAAAGUUGGCCUGUAGUUGUUUGUCAAAGAGACCAAAGGAACGCCCGAUGAUGAGCAGAGUAGUGGAAGCUAUGAAUCAUAUCCUCCUCCAAAGCAGUGAUUAUGAUUGUGAUUCAGAAGAUCCAGUCGACGAUGAGCCAAUGCCAGAACAGAUUGGGCCUGUAGAGUCCGAAAAAAGGCGGAUGGCCCAUUUGGCUAAACUAAGUGAACGUGUUGGCGGGAUGAGCAAAAAGGGGCUUAUGAUCAUGCAUAGGGCAAAAGUCACUUGAAAAAGUCUUUGUUUUUCUUUUAGAUAUUCACUACAUGAACUUAAUAGAAAAUAGUAUAGGGAAUAUUAUACAAUGUUCCAAACUUGUAUAGAAAUAUGGGCUUAGGGUAAUGGUAAUACACAAUAUGGAAAUAUGCAAUUUUCACCUCAUGUAUGUAAACUCAAAAAAAGAAGAAGCUUGGUUUAUGUUGAAGAGUUGAUCAUUUCUUAUUGCCAAAAA